AUGCGAGCAUCUGAAGUGAAGUCACCCAGAUUUGCGCUUCGGAUGCAGGUCUGGAGGCCUCCGGACUAUGCCGCUCUGCCAGCCAUGCCGCCAGAGGUUUGGUACGCCAGCCGAGUGGCUGGGCAGAGGGUGGACUCGGCCUUGCUUCGCUUGAAGGCCCAGCGUGCGGUCCGCCUGGAGAUCUAUGGUGGGAGCAUGACCUUCGGCACCGACUGUUGUGGCAAAGCCUGUGACAUGCAGCUGAGCAAAUGUGCCUGGCCCUCGCUUUUCACCGCGCUGCUGCAAGAAGCCUUUCCUGGCUUAGUAGAAGUGGACUCCUAUGCACGAGGAGGCUGCAACUUGGAGUGUGCCUUGACGGAGAUGGUCGUGGCGCAACGCAGCGCUCGCUCUGCACCUGACGGGCUCAUCUUGGACUUCAGCCAGAACGGAUGGGGUGGUCGAGACCACAAGCUGGAGGAAUUUAUCCGGAUUUGUCACCUCUUCUUGCCGGACAGCUUCAUCGUGCUGCUGUACAAUCGAGAUAUGGCAGAUGAGUUUCAUACAGUCAAGGACGACCACGACUUGAAGAUCCUGCAAGCGGUGGCGAAACACUACCAUCUUCCGCUUCUCAACUAUGAGAAAGCCAUGGUGCAGUUUGGCGUUUUCAGCAACCAAACGAGCCUCAGCCUCAUGUGGCCUCGACCCUCUCCUGUGAGCUAUCCGGACUGGGCCAAUCGGCACCCUCAAUGGCCGGGGCAUGCCUUCUAUGCUGACAUGCUGGUGGACUGGUUGAACAACGCGCUCGCCACCUUGCCGGUCACACCGGGAGCGAUGGCGCCACCUGCGCCAGCACUCCGGGCACCGGAGAGCUCAGCGGACCAGGACUGGAUCAAGCCGUUGAAGAGCAUGAACCUCGAGGCCGUGGAACUGUGCAUCUUUCCGUUGACGACCCAUCUCGCCAGAAACCCCACGGGUGAUACGCCCUUGCAAAGUGCUGGUGGCAGCUGGAAGUUAUUCGAAGACCGGAAAGGCAAACCAGGAUGGAUCACCACGACCAAGAGCGAAGAAUUGCUCUUCAAUGUCACCUUCAGCCGGAAGCCGAAGUUGGCGGUGCAGUACUUGCGCUCCUACGCGCAGCUGGGCACGGCGGAGCUCGAGAUCCGAGCCUCGACGGGACUUCCCGGGUGGGCUGCGCGCCCACGGCGUGGCGUGGCGUACCCCAUGUGUCGUGGACGACGUGGCUUCUGA